GCGCAAGCGCAGAGUACGCGUGGUGCCGUGCGAGGUGUAGGGUGGCUGAGUGUCGGUCUCCUUGCUUUGUGGGUCGCGGAACGGGGUCGGUGCAGCUCAGGAGUCAUGUCAGACAACGAGGACAAUUUUGAUGGUGAUGACUUUGAUGAUGUGGAGGAGGAUGAAGGGCUAGAUGACUUGGAGAAUGCUGAAGAGGAGGGCCAGGAGAAUGUUGAGAUUCUUCCGUCUGGGGAGCGACCGCAGGCCAACCAGAAGCGAAUCACCACACCGUACAUGACCAAGUACGAGCGGGCCCGCGUGCUGGGCACCCGAGCCCUCCAGAUUGCGAUGUGUGCCCCCGUGAUGGUGGAGCUGGAGGGGGAGACAGAUCCCUUGCUCAUCGCCAUGAAAGAGCUCAAGGCCCGAAAGAUCCCCAUCAUCAUUCGCCGCUACCUGCCAGACGGGAGCUAUGAAGACUGGGGGGUGGAUGAACUCAUCAUCACCGACUGAGCCCGAGGCAUCUUCCUGACCCUCACAUUCUUUUGUAUAUGUAAAUAAUAUAAUAAAGUAUUCAACCUUUCAACCCCCUCCACCUUCA